AUGUUCUUUAUUGGGAUUAACAUAAUUCUCGCUUGUAUUAGUGUUGGUUUUGGAUUUGUAUUGAACGGACUCGGAAAUGGGUACAGAUAUUUGCUUCAAGAUAUAAAUUCUACGCUGACGUCAUUUGAUACAUCGUCUAUCAAAAUCAAGUGGAUAGAGCAGCCUUUAGAUCAUUUCGAUAAAAAAAAUAUAAAUACUUGGAAUAUGAGGUAUAUGGAAAGAUUAGAUAAAUGGAAGAAAGAUGGUCCUAUAUACUUAUUUAUGUACGGUGAGGGUGAAGCAAGUCAGGUAUUUCUUCAAACUGGUAUUUUGUAUGAAUUAGCCGAGGAAACAAACGGGGCUAUGUUGCUAUCUGAACACAGAUACUAUGGAAAGAGCAAGCCUUUUGAAGAACUCACAACUGAAAAUCUAAAGUUCCUAAGUUCAAGGCAAGCCCUCGCGGAUACCGCUAGAUUGUUGGAGUCAGUCAAAUCGGAACCUCAAUAUGAAAAUUCGAAAAUUGUUGCUGUUGGAGGAUCAUACGCAGGUAAUUUGGCUGCUUGGAUGAGACUGCUGUAUCCCAAUUUAAUUAACGCCGCUAUAGCUAGUAGCGCUCCGGUAUUAGCAAAGAAAGAUUUUUACGAAUAUUUAGAACACGUCAGCGAUGAUUUUGAACAACACGGUACUGAAGACUGUAUGAAGAAAAUUAAUGAAAUUUUUACUACAUACGAGAAACGAUUUCGAACAGUAGAUGGCAUUAAACAACUUAAAAAGGAGGAGUACAUCUGUGAAGACACCGAUAUGACGAAAGUCGAAAAUCAGGAAUUAUUCUUUUUGGAUAAAAGCUCUGCAUUUAUGUACAUUGCACAAUACGGGAACGCAGAUGUCAUUAAAACGUAUUGCGAAGAUAUUAAAAAUACAUCUCUUGUAUUUUCUUCUAAAGAAGAGGAAAACGUUUUUUACGACACUAAAAAUAAUUGUUACGAUUAUGAAUUUGACGAAAUGAUUCAAAACACGAAAGAAAUAGACUGGCUCGUUUCGUGGACAUAUCAAACUUGUACUGAAUUCAGCUACUUUCCGAGCACAUCAUCAAACAAACAUCCUUUUACUGAUAAUAUAAGUAUGGACCUGUUUUAUAAAAUGUGUACUAAAACUUUUGGUCCGGACUUUGACGAAAAGAGAAUAGAGGCUGGGGUUAAGGAAACCAAUAUGAUGUAUGGUGGAUUAACUCCUAAUGUAACAAAGGUGGUGUUUGUUAACGGUGAUCUAGACCCAUAUCAUAGAUUAAGUAUUCUAGAAGAUUUAUCUUAUGAAGCUCCAGCAAAAGUUAUUCCACGUGCAUCCCAUUGCAGAGAUUUAUUUUCAAACAGAUCUGGCGAUCCUGAAGAACUUAUCGAAGCUAGGUAUUAUAUAAAAUAUUUGAUAAAAAAAUGGAUAGGCCUUGGUGACUAUAACAAACCAAAUGAAAUAAAGCAUACAACCUAG